AGUGUUGAAAAGACGAGCGCGGAGGGACUGCUGCUCAGCUGGGAAACACUGAAGAUGACCGACUGUUGUUUGUGGAGUACAGACAGUUAAACACAUUUGUAGACGGGCCUAACAGUCUUGCAGCCAUGACUUGCAUACACCCCCAGCAUGGAUCCCAGCCUUAUGACAACAGCCUCGGCAGCUCAGAACUCCAGAACACAGACUUCAUCUCCAGGCUGGCUGUCGAUAUGAGCAGCCCACGGGACCACCUCUCUGCUCCAUCUUUGCCAAGCAUUAGCUCCCUGGUGGGCACUCAGGGGGGCGACUUUGACGCAUAUUCAUGCCAGUUCACUACGACCCCUGCCCACAUCACGCCAUCAUCAGGCCCAGAGACCCCAUUCAAGUUAGAUGACCUCCAGGUUUACGGCUGCUACCCUGGAGCGUUCACGCUGAGUUACCCGGAUGAGGCCGUGUCUCCCGGUGGGUCUGAUUAUUUCGGCAGCCCAGCAUCAGCCUCGUCUCCUUCAACCCCCGGUUUCCAGAGUCAACAUGCACCCACCUGGGACUCAGCUUUCGGUCCAUACUCACCCAGUCCAGGAUACUGGGCAGCUGAGGAGACCUCAGUGCCACAUGCGCCCUCUUUCUUUACAUUUAGUUCAGGGUCUGUGGAAGACAUGUCUCAUUUGGGUCAGCCCCACUUAAGAGAGCAGGACCCUUUCACUUUGACCCAUCCUCACGCAUCCACACUCACCUUCCCCGCCUUGGCGAUGGAGCAGGCAUGUAGCCAAGAUGGCACUGACCAGCUGGACGGGAGCUUAUCACCCAAAUUAAAAAGUCCGAAUGGAAACGAGGGCUGCUGUGCUGUGUGUGGGGACAACGCCUCCUGUCAGCACUAUGGGGUCCGCACCUGUGAGGGAUGCAAGGGUUUUUUCAAGCGUACAGUACAAAAGAAUUCCAAGUAUGUCUGCCUUGCCAACAAAGACUGUCCUGUGGACAAGAGGAGGCGGAAUCGAUGCCAGUUCUGCCGUUUCCAGAAGUGUCUAGCCGUGGGCAUGGUGAGGGAAGUUGUAAGGACGGAUAGCCUGAAAGGACGGAGAGGUCGCCUGCCUUCCAAGCCUAAAGUUGUCCAGGAUGUGGCAACCACAGUGUCUCCAGUGAGCAUGAUUGCUUCACUUGUGAGGGCCCACAUCGACUCAAACCCCAGUGUUGGGAAAAUGGACUAUUCCAAGUAUGAUGAGACAGAAGUCAGUCCAAACCAGAAAGAGGAUGCUAAUGACAUCAAGCAGUUCUACGACUUACUCACGGCCUCCAUGGAGGUGAUCAGGAAGUGGUCGAAGAGCAUCCCAGGUUUCUCUGAUUUCUGCUCAGAAGACCAGGAACUGCUGCUGGAGUCUGCGUUUGUUGAACUCUUCAUCCUGCGUCUUGCAUAUCGGUCCAAUGCUGAAAUGGACAAGCUCAUCUUCUGCAACGGGGCCGUGCUUCACAAGACGCAAUGUGUCCGAGGGUUCGGGGACUGGAUUGACUCUAUUUUGGAGUUUUCUCAAAGCCUCCAUCGCAUGAAGCUGGACGUCUCCUCUUUCUCCUGCCUAACAGCCCUGGUCAUAAUCACCGACCGACAUGGUCUCAAGGAGUCCAAACGUGUGGAGGACCUGCAGAACCAGCUCAUCACCUGCCUGAAAGAUCACGUCUCUGGUUGCGCCUCUGACUCCUUGCGGCCCAAUUAUCUGUCCAGGCUGCUGGGGAAGUUGCCCGAGCUCAGGACUCUGUGCACUCAAGGCCUCCAACGCAUCUUUUACCUUAAAUUAGAAGAUUUAGUUCCUCCACCACCGAUUGUGGAAAAAAUCUUCAUGGAUACGCUUCCGUUUUGAGUGUGCGAUGUGAGACUGACCAUCUGUGGUAUAAAAUCUGGAGUGAACCUGCAACAGCCUAAGAAGAAUAAUGAAGGAUUAUUCAUCUCCAGGGGAAAAGGGCUACUUCUGAAAUAUAAAAUGAAUGAAUUAUAAAACUUAUGGGAAAAAAACAUGUAUGUCGGGCAUCACCAGGAAAUUGUGUACUCUCCAGAUGAAAUUAGACAGGCCAGCUCAUGGACCAAAAGGUGACUGUUUACAUACAACAAGAUGCCAUGAAUGGAAACAUUUCUGAUGGAGGGAAGAUGAUCACACUUUCCAAACAGUAACAAAGUGAAUACAAAUAAUAUUUGCGCCAUCAUUUCAAGGCUGUAAUGAGCACAAUUGUUUUUUUCUUUUGGUUUUUUUUUUUGUUACAAUCUUUUCUGUGAUUUGGAUGACUGUAAAUUGCACAUAAAAUAUCAGACAAAGCAU